AUGUUUCUAUCUUGGACGACGAGGUGGGACGGGCUCAGUUUGAGAGGCAUCUCAAGGCUACUGGUUGUGUGCUGGAACGAGAUGACAGAGCGUCACGCCUAUAUUGAUAUGGCCAUGGUGAAUGCUCAUCUCGUUUACGGAGGGCAACACACAACCAUCAGCCUUGAGAUGCCUCUCAAACUGAGUCCGUCCCACCUCGUCGUCCAAGAUAGGAACAUCUUUACGAUGCUUGAAAUCCCAAUGGAACGGCAUGUUCCCCGAACUCUGGGAGAAUCAACCGGCAACCCAUGGCCAUUUUUGAGAAUUAUGUGA